UCGCUCCUCGCCUGGCUCCCCCGGCCCAGGCGAGGGGCGAGGAGCCCACCCGCCUGCCGCCGCCUCCCCGCUCCGGACUGCCGACAUGCCGGCCACCCCCAGACCAGCUCUGCUGCUGCUGCUGCUGCUGCACGUCCCACAGGCUGCAAGAGCCCAGGUCAACCCUGCGGUGUGUCGGUACCCCUUGGGAAUGUCGGGCGGGCACAUCCCUGACGAGGACAUCUCAGCCUCUAGCCAGUGGUCUGACUCCACAGCUGCCAAGUACGGCCGGCUGGACUCGGAGGAUGGUGAUGGAGCCUGGUGCCCUGAGACUGCAGUGGAGCCAAAUGACCUGAAGGAGUUUCUGCAGAUUGACCUGCACGCCCUGCACUUCAUCACGCUGGUGGGCACCCAGGGGCGCCACGCUGAGGGCCAUGGCAAUGAGUUUGCCCCCAUGUAUAAGAUCAACUACAGCCGAGAUGGCACCCGCUGGAUCUCUUGGAGGAACCGGCAUGGGAAGCAGGUGCUGGAUGGAAACACCAACCCCUAUGACAUUGUCCUCAAGGACCUGGAGCCGCCCCUCAUUGCCCGCUUUGUCCGAUUCAUCCCAGUCACUGACCAUUCCAUGAGCGUCUGCCUGCGGGUGGAGCUGUACGGCUGCGUCUGGCUGGAUGGGCUGGUGUCCUACAACGCACCAGCUGGGCAGCAGCUCAUCCUUCCUGGGGGCGCCGUCAUCUACCUGAACGACUCGGUGUACGAUGGGGCGUUCGGGUACAGCAUGACAGAGGGCCUGGGCCAGCUGACGGACGGGGUGUCGGGGCUGGAUGACUUCACGCAGACCCAUGAGUACCAUGUCUGGCCGGGCUAUGACUAUGUGGGCUGGCGCAACGAGAGCACCACUGCUGGCUACGUGGAGAUCACCUUCGAGUUCGACCGCAUCAGGAACUUCACUGCCAUGAAGGUCCACUGCAACAACAUGUUCGCCAAAGGGGUGAAGAUCUUCAAGGAGGUGCAGUGCUACUUCCGUGCCGAUGCCAGCGAGUGGGAGCCCAGCACCAUCUCCUCAGUGCUGGUUGUGGAUGAUGUGAACCCCAGUGCCCGCUUCGUCACCGUGCCCCUGCUCCACCGCAUGGCCAGUGCCAUCAAGUGCCAGUACUACUUCGCUGACACCUGGAUGAUGUUCAGUGAGAUCACCUUCCAGUCAGAUGCAGCCAUGUACAACAACUCGGUGCCCCCCGCCGAGGCACCCGUGGUCCCCACCACUUACGACCCCACGCUCAAGGUAGAUGACAGCAACACACGCAUCCUGAUCGGGUGCCUCGUGGCAAUCAUCUUCAUCCUGGUGGCCAUCAUUGUCAUCAUCCUGUGGCGGCAGUUCUGGCAGAAGAUGCUGGAGAAGGCAUCACGGAGGAUGCUGGAUGAUGAAAUGACCGUCAGCCUCUCCCUGCCCAGUGAAUCCAGCAUGUUCAACCACAACCGCUCCUCCUCCUCCAGUGAGCAGGAGUCCAGCUCCACCUACGACCGCAUAUUCCCCCUGGGACCUGACUACCAGGAGCCCUCCCGCCUGAUCCGCAAGCUGCCCGAGUUCACCUCUGGGGAGGAGGACACAGGCUGCAGUGGCCCCGUGAAGCCGUCCCAGGCCAGCGUCCCCGAGGGCGUCCCGCACUAUGCUGAGGCCGACAUCGUGAACCUGCAGGGCGUGACAGGCGGCAACACCUACUCAGUGCCGGCCCUCACCAUGGACCUGCUCUCCGGCAAGGAUGUGGCCGUCGAGGAGUUCCCCAGGAAGCUCCUGACCUUCAAGGAGAAGCUCGGGGAAGGCCAGUUUGGGGAGGUUCAUCUCUGUGAGGUGGAGGGGAUGGAGAAGUUCACAGGGAAGGAUUUUGCCCUGGAGGGCUUGGAUGGCAGCUCUGACCGCCCUGUGCUGGUGGCUGUGAAGAUGCUGCGAGCGGAUGCCAAUAAGAAUGCCAGGAAUGAUUUUCUGAAGGAAAUCAAGAUCAUGUCGCGGCUGAAGGACCCCAACAUCAUCCGGUUGCUGGCGGUGUGCAUCACGGAUGACCCGCUGUGCAUGAUCACUGAGUACAUGGAGAAUGGAGACCUCAACCAGUUCCUGUCCCGCCAGCAGGCAGGCGGCCCCCCCGCCGGCCACACACCCACUGUCAGUGACCUGCGUUUCAUGGCCACCCAAAUAGCCUCCGGCAUGAGGUACCUCUCCUCCCUCAACUUCGUGCACCGAGACCUGGCCACGCGCAACUGCCUGGUGGGGAAGCAGUACACCAUCAAGAUUGCUGACUUUGGCAUGAGCAGGAAUCUCUACAGCGGGGAUUACUACCGCAUCCAGGGGCGGGCGGUGCUCCCCAUCCGCUGGAUGUCCUGGGAGAGCAUCCUGCUGGGCAAGUUCACAACAGCCAGUGAUGUGUGGGCGUUUGGUGUGACACUGUGGGAGACCUUCACACUCUGCCGGGAACAGCCCUAUUCCCAGAUGUCUGACGAGCAGGUCAUUGAAAACACUGGCGAGUUUUUCCGGGACCAGGGCCGGCAGACCUACCUUCCCCAGCCUGCACUGUGCCCUGACAGAGUCUAUAAGCUAAUGCUCAGCUGUUGGAGACGGGACACCAAGGAUCGUCCCUCCUUCCAGGACAUCCAUCGCCUUCUCCAAGAGUCAGCCAGUGAAGAAUGAUCCUUGGCUUCCCCCAAGCCAGGUCCCCAUCCCUCCCCGUCCCCAGAGGAGCCCCAUAUGCAAACUGAAGCCACUUCACUUGGACUCAGCAAUAAACCCCGGGCAGCUGGUCUUGUUCUCAUUGUACAGUGAAGCCUCAGAGGAGAACCCCAAGGACAGCAAAGAGAGCCAUGACGUGGGACGACUCAGACCUCCCGCUUGCUUGCAGACCUGGGCCCGGGAGCAGCGCGGGCUGGGAUGAGGGUUAUUUAUUGACGCAGCAUGUUCUUGGUGACAAGGACCAGGACAGAGCGGCUUCUCUUCCCCGACUGGAGGGGAGGAAGGGCAGCUGGAUUUUCUCUGUGAGGAAGCUCUCAGCCCACACAGAGGGUAGGUGCCUGGGGAAGGGAUGUGUGUGGGUAUGUGCCUGCUGGAGCAGGGACCGACCAGCAGCCACUACCUGUUUGAGGAGGAGCUGGGAGCUGCCACCAGCUCUCAGUGGGCUGUGCAAUUACAGGGUGAAAAGAAACACUCUCUGGACAUUUGGGACUUUGGACAUGCCUCAUGGAGAGGCCGGAAGCACCGUCACUGCUGGCCAGACCCCAGCUGCACAGGGAGAAGCCUGAACCACUCCCAGCACCUCACCCUGCUGCUGGAGCAGGCAGCAUGCUCAGCCAUGGCUGUUCUGUGUCAGCCAGGAAGGAGCAGGCAUCACUGAGGGGACAUCCCCUCACGGACCACAGCCACUCCAGAGCAGCUCAAUUGCCCAUGAAAUGCAUUUUGGAUACCCUAUGCGGUGAUGCGUGGCAACUGGCAGCAGGAUGUCAGCACCUUUCACUUCCAUGGGGAAAUCUCCAGGUCCUCCUCUCCCAGGUUAACCCACAUCUUCACCUGUCAGGAGAGGAAGGCACAUAGCAGAGCUUCAUUGGCUGCUGCCCAAUGCCCAUGCCUGCUACAGUCCGUGGGCAUGGAGCAGGGUGCUCCAGCUCUCCCUGGCUCUCAGCCUGGGAUCACAGUUCAGCUGAAAUACGUGGCUGGACUCUGCCACCCUGUGCCUCCCACAGCAGUGUGGCACCAAUCUAUCCUCCCGGAUCCAGCAGCAUCAUGAGCGAACUGGGCAGGUGCCAAAGCCAUGUGCCCCCAGGAGCCCUGGCAGGUUACUGGCUAUGCCCCAAAAUUGGACCCUCCUGCAGCUGGACAGGAGGAACUUUGUACUUAGAGGGCACAUGGACCCCUCCAUACUUUUGUAUGCAUUAGUUCAGCACCAUCAGUCACGCGUGGCACAGUUCCCAGUAUUCCAUUGCUAAGGCAUGUAUAUAUUCAGUAGAUGCACCUAUAUGUAGGGGCAAACCCGCUGAAGAGA